CUUGCGUGUGCGUUCAGGGAGAGAGGGCAGAUAGCGAUCAACGAACAGGUUUCAUCUGGAAUAUAAUCAGACGCAAAUGUCCGCAGUGCUUUAAAGGAGGGUAAAUAAUUAUCGUAUGGACUAACUGACUAAGCAUUAAGAGCCACGUGUCACAUGUGCUUCUCAGGACAAAACGGGGCAUCUGCAAGCAGGAUCUGGAGGAGGAUGCUGCGGCAAGUGAUCCACAGAGGGCUCAAAGCUUCUUUCUACUGGUUGGGCUUAUUUGUGAGCAGACACCCGGUGUUUUUUCUCACCGUCCCCGCAGUCUUAACCAUCAUAUUCGGAUCCACUGUCCUGAGCAGGUUCAAGGCAGAGAAAGACCUAGAGAUUUUGGUCGCCCCGACGCACAGCCUCGCAAAAAUAGAACGGAGUCUCGCCAACAGCCUUUUCCCGAUCGACCAGUCUAAAAACAAGCUGUAUUCCGACCUACACACUCCCGGCAGAUAUGGCAGGAUCAUCUUGCACACGAAAUCCAGCGGCAACGUUCUGGAAUUGGCUGACCAUGUCCUUCACGUUCACAAGGAAGUGUUGGAAUUACGUGUGAAUUAUAAAGGUUUCAAUUACACUUUUGCACACCUUUGUGUUAUGAGCCAUCGGGACAAGCGAUGUCUUCUGGAUGAUAUCAUUACAAUACUCGAAGACAUCCGAUUAGCAAUUCUAUCAAAUAGCACACUCUCCAAGGUGCCAUUAAGUUACCCAAAUACAACACUAAAGGAUGGUCGAGUGUCAUUCAUCGGGCACCAGCUUGGCGGCGUGACCGUCUCCAACAGCCGCGACCAGCAGGUGAAGUUUGCCAGAGCCGUACAGAUCACUUACUACCUCCGCAACCACGGACCAGCAGUGCAAGACGUCAUUGCCGAGAAGUGGGAAAACGAAUUUUGCAAACUGAUCCACAGAUUAUCCACUGCGAGUGAAGACCUGACCAUCCAGUCGCUGACGUCAUGCAGCCUCUUGAGAGACUUCCAAAAGACCGGCGUGCUCGCCAAGAGCGAGGUCUUGGUCAGCCUCGUCUUGGUGCUUCUGGCAGCCACCGUCUCCAGCUCCAUGCGAGACUGCCUGAGAGGAAAGCCCUUUCUAGGUCUGCUCGGAGUGUUGACUAUUUGCAUAGCCAACGUGACUGCGGCAGGGAUUUUUUUCAUUUCUGAUGGAAAGUUUAACUCUACACUCAUUGGAAUACCGUUCUUCGCCAUGGGGCACGGCACAAAGGGAGUUUUUGAACUUUUGGCUGGCUGGAGAAGAACCAGGGAGAAUCUCCCCUUCAAGGAGCGUGUCGCAGAUGCGUUCGCCGAUGUCAUGGUCUGCUACACCAUGACGAGUUCCCUCUACAUCAUCACGUUCGGAAUGGGCGCCAGUCCGUUCACCAACAUCGAGUCAGUGAAGAUCUUCUGCCAGAGCAUGUGCGUGGCCAUCCUGGUCAACUACUUCUAUGUGUUCUCCUUUUACGGCUCGUGCUUAGUGUUUGCGGGGCAGCUGGAGCAGAACCGGUACCACAGCGUGUUCUGCUGUAAGAUCCCCUCUGUAGAGUAUCUGGACAGGCAGCCCGCAUGGUUCAAGACGAUGAUGAGCGAUGGCCACGACCUGUCCACGCACCACGACAGCAUACCGUACCAGAACCACUUCAUCCAGCAUUUUUUACGGGAGCACUACACAGAGUGGAUUACCAACACCUACGUGAAACCGUUCGUCGUCAUCCUCUACCUAAUUUAUGCCUCGUUCUCCUUCAUGGGAUGUUUACAAAUCAGUGAUGGAUCUAAUGUUGUCAACCUUCUGGCCAGUAAUUCGCCUAGUGUGUCGUAUGCUCUAACGCAGCAAAAGUAUUUUAGCAAUUACAGCCCAGUAAUAGGAUUCUAUAUUUAUGAGCCCAUAGACUAUUGGAACAAUACGGUUCAGGAACACCUCAAGACUCUGGGGCAUGGAUUCAAUAAGAUCUCUUGGAUUGACAACUACUUUCAUUAUUUGAGAGUGGUGAAUGUAAGUGUGUCAACAAAAAGCGAUUUCAUAAACAUCCUGAAAACAUCUUUCCUCAGAAGUCCAGAGUAUCGGCAUUUCACUGAGGAUAUAAUCUUUUCUAAAAACGGGGACGAGUAUGACAUAAUUGCCUCCAGGAUGUACCUGGUUGCACGUACUACGGAAAAGACGCGUGAGGAAGUCGUGGAGCUGCUGGAGAGACUGCGUCCUCUCUCCCUCAUCAACAGCAUCAAGUUCAUCGUCUUCAACCCCACCUUUGUCUUUAUGGAUCGCUACAGCUCUUCUGUCAUCUCUCCCAUCCUGACAUCGGGUUUCAGUGUUUUAACCAUACUCAUUCUCACUUUUUUCCUGGUUAUCAAUCCACUGGGAAAUUUCUGGUUGAUUUUGACAGUCACCUCUGUGGAAUUGGGAGUACUCGGUCUGAUGACUUUGUGGAAUGUCGACAUGGACAGCAUCUCGAUACUGUGCCUUAUUUACUGUCUGAACUUUUCAAUGGAUCACUGUGCACCCCACCUUUAUACGUUUGUACUUGCCACCGAGCACACAAGGACGCAAUGCAUCAAGAUUUCUUUAGAGGAGCACGGAGCUGCGAUCUUGCAAAACGCCUGUUGUUUUGUAAUUGGAAUGUUGCCCCUGCUGUUUGUGCCUUCCAACUUGACCUACACGCUGUUCAAGUGCUCUCUGCUGACUGCUGGUUGUACAGUGCUACAUUGUUUUGUCAUCUUACCUGUGUUUUUAACGUUUUUCCCCCCCUCGAAAAAGCGACACAAGAAAAAGAAGCGUGCAAAACGGAAAGAGCGUGAGCGGGAAAGGGAAAGAGAAGAAAUGGAAGGCAUUGAAGUCAGGGAGAAUCCCGACCAUGUGACAAAUGUCUGAACGGUUUUCAAGACAGAUGAAUGACAGGGGCCUAUAUCCUUUGCCGAAAGACAUAAAGCCAAAAGCUCCAUAAUGUCCAUGGUUGCUAGAGCUUUUCGGUCAAAGUAAGGCAAAGGCGGCAGUAAUCAUGCAAAAACAGCUAUGCGGAGUACACACUUUGUUUUCCAUUGUGCACUACAUUCUCCACAGCAGUGUGUCAUGCCUAGACACAGCCUAGUUCAUAUAUAAACAUCCUGAAUGUAAUGUUACUAUACUGUUGUCCUUUUGCAAUCUGUUGAAAAGCAAUAUUUACUUUAGUACUUCUUGGUAUU